AUGUUCUUGUUUGGGGGCAGCGGCUCGUCAGGGCAAAGCGAAGCUGGCGUUGCGGAGGACUUGCAGCAGGAGAUCCUGGACAGAGAUGAAGAGAUUGCGGAGCUGAAGGCCAAGAUCGAAGCAUAUCGGGAUGCCCUGGAGAAGGAACCUCACUUCGAGCACUUUGAGAUGGCCAUGGAGGAGAAGAACAAGGUGCUGGAGGAGCAGUUUAUCAAAGUUCAGGAGCUCACGAAGGAGAACCAGUCCCUGUUGGAAAGAUUGCAGACUGCCGGGCCAGCGGGCGCCCACGAGGGCCCAGAGAGCGGAAGCCCUGAGAUGGAGGAACAGCGACAGGAUCAAGAGACGAAUGGCAACUCCCCAUUGGAGGACGAGCUCUCGAGAGUGAAGGCAGAGCUGGAAUCGGUGAAGGCAGAGCUUCAAUCAAGACCGCUACCGUCCAGCCAGCCAGCGGGUGAUAUGCAGGAGGAUCGCAGCCUCGGGGAAAACCAGGAACGCCUGAGGUCACUGGAGGAGCAGCUGCAAGCAGCCGAAUUGGCCAAGCGGGAGUCCGACGAGGCGCGCGCAGCCUGCAUGGCACAGCUGGCAGCACUGGAAUCAGAGGUUCCGGAGUUGCGUGGCAAACUAGCUGAGCUUGAGGCCAUGCGAAAUUCCGCCCUCGAAGCAACAGAAGAAGUUGAGCAACUCCAGCUCGAGAUGGAGAUGCUUCGGGAGGAAUCUGCGGAGGUGCCGGCACUCAAGGCACAGAUCGCAGGUGUGGAGGCGGAGCAUGCUGCUUUGCAAGAUGCCGCCGCAGCAUCUGCAGAGCUUCACCAAAAGCUGGAGAGGCUGCAGGAGGAAGCUGCGCAGGUGCAUGAGAUGCGGAGCAGGCUGGCGGAGCUCGAGGCGGAGCGCGAGUCUGCCCACAAAGCGCAAGCGGCGGCGGAGCAACUUCAGCAAGAAGUUCAGCGACUGCAAGCAGAAGCUGCGGAGGCACAGGCAAAAUUGGCCGACAGCGAGGCGCAAUGCGCAACUGCCGCCCAAGAUGCCGCUGGUUCUGCAGAGCUGCAGGAGGAGGUGAACCGUUUGAAGUCCGAGAUCGCCCAGGUGCCCGAAUUGCAAGCAGCCGCCGAGAAACUGCAGCUGGAAGUCGAGAGACUCACGGCUGAAGCAGUGGAGGCACAGCGGGCAGCUGCCUUGCAAGAUGCUGCGGGCAUGGCCGAGCUUCAGCAGCAGUUGGACCGGCUUCGGUCCGAAGCAUCGGAGGCCGACGGGUGCCCCAUCUGCGGUCCAGGCUGGCGCAGCUCGAGGCCCCUGCAACCGGGACGGCUGUCGCAGCGCCCGCCGCUGUCAGCGGAGGCAGUUCAGCCGGCUAGCUCCGUCAGCAUUUGUGGCCAUACGGCUAUAUAG